AUGCACUCGCACCACGGCUGUGGUGGCUCAUUCCUCGCCAGCCCUGUCAUCGCUCCCCGGCUGCUCUCUCUCCUCCAGAUGCUGGAUGUGACUGUGUCCCAGCUCCUCAGCCUGCAGCCCAGCCUGGCAGCCCGAGUCGCCCCCAGGCACCGAGAUGUCAAGGAGAGCUGGGCGCAGCUCCAGCAGGCACUGAGGAGGAGGAGAGAGGCAGAGGCUGAGUGGGGAAUGCAGCGGCCGGAGGCCCAGGUGCAGGACGUCUAUCAGGCAGUGAAUGCAACUGUGUCCCCACACAAGGAGAGUGGGGGUCCUGGAGUCCCCCCAUGUCUGGUGGGGGACGUGGAGAGCCUGGAGGCAGCACGGAUGCAGUGGGAGCCUCUGGACCCCAGCUCCAGUGCCAGGGCUGUGCUCCUGGAGGGGCUGGUGCCGGGGGGACCCCUGAGGAGCCCGCAGGUGGAGGCCAUGCUGCGGGAGCUGGGGGAGCUGUGGGAGGAACUGCAGAGGAAGCACCAGGAAAACGGUGCCGUGCUGCGGGAAAUCGAUAAGGAGACGGGCCAACUGGAGAGGCAGCUCCUGCUGUGCGGCCUCAAGCUCCAGGCACUGCGGGAGGAGGCGGCGGGCGAGACAUCCGCCGAGCACGAGGGGGCGAGGAAGAUGCAGAGGAAGGUGGAGAUGGUGGAGGAGAAGUUGGCACGAGUGCAGGCAGCCCUGCGGCGCCGGGCAGCAGACCUGCGUGACUCCCUGGUGCUGUCUGAGUUCCUGCAGGACCUGCAAGAGGAGGACGCGCGGAGCCGGCAGGGACCUGCAGCGCCAGGGAGUGGGCAUUGUGGCUUGCAGGGGUCUUUUCCCCUGCUCUCGGCCCAGGCCGGGCAGCUGCCAAGCAGCGAGGACAUGAGCUGCCCCUUGGGAGAGCUGCAGGAGGCCGUGGAGAUGCUGAACGAUGCAGCGAAGGAGCGGGAGCGGGUCAUGGAGGUGGCAGCAGAGACGGAGAGCCUGGAGCGCCUGGUGGCAGAGGUGUCCCCGCGCCUGGAGGCCCUUCGCUGCAGAGCCGAGGCACUGGCUCGCGACACUGCUCAAGCAGAGAGCGGCUUCACCACGGUGAAGAGUGAGAAGGACCUCCAGGGGCUGCAGGGCUUGCUGAGCCGGCAGCAGGAGAUGGAGCGUGCAGUGUCGGAGACCCUGCAGGGGCAGCUGGAGGAGCUGGAGAGGGCAGCUGCCCGCUUGCAAGAGCUCUGCCCUGCUCGGCUGUGCCCCGUCAGCCGGGAGGUGCAGGGGACGCUGUGUGCCUGGGCAGGGCUGCGGGAGCUGCUGCGGGAGACCCGGGCCCACGUGCAGCAGGCUGGCCGGCUGCGGCAUUUCUUCAAGGAUUAUUUAGCCAUGAUCUCCUGGACGGAGGACACACGGGCUCAGAUCUUCUCCGAAAGCCCUAGCGGCCAUGGCCUCCCGGAGACUCCAUGUGAGGAGCUGGAGAGGAGGAUUGAAGGGAAGCUCAAGGAGUUUGAGGCGCUGGCAGCGGUGGGGCAGCAGCUGGUGUCUGAGGAGCACGACCUGAGCGCAACAAUAAAGGAGCGCUUGGAGGAGUUGCAGAGCAUGCUGGGCUGGGUGCUGGUGCGCUGGCGAGCACAGAGGCACCAGCGGGACCCAGGGAGCAAGCAGGAGGACAGAAGGGACCUAGAGAGCCCCUCGGGCACGUCCCCCACCGGCCAAGAGCAGCAUGCCCUGUGUGCUCAGCCCCAGCUGGAGAGCAUCCACAGCCCAGUGGAGUUCACGCCCUGCUCCCUCCUCGAGCCUGUGCAAAGAUCAGAGCCACAGCUGCUAGCAGGAACGGUCAUCUCCCCACUGGCAUCGCCCCUCUCAGAUGCCCCAUCAGGAGUGGAGCGGAGCUGGGGGGAGCCCAGCAGCUCAACACCCCACAGUGCAGGACCCCCCAAGGAGGCCGUCAUCUGGGAUCCCGCUGAGACCUCCACACUGCUGCUGCGGCCACGGGGCCCCAGCGGGCUGGGGGGGACGGUCAACCUCAUCCUCAGCAUCGGCAAGAAGGGCGAGAAGAAGAAGGCACAGGCAGUGGCCGGCAGCGAGCGGCCGGGGGAGGAGGCGCUGCGGACGGUAUGUGGGGGACGGUAG